CUUGCAGAUCAUUUCCUCCUUUUCUGUAAGUUUAGUCACAGGUAAUAUGGCUGUUUGAGCAGCAAGACGGGCUACUAAGGAAUAAUAGCUGGACAUGGAACAUUCUAUUCAUUGAUAAGUCAUCUCUAAAGACAAAAUGGAGGAGUGUGUUGAUGUGAAGGCUCUGAGGGCCAGGUUUAACAGCCAGAACAGGACCUCUGACACCAGCAGCAGAGACAGCGGGUCUCCGAAAUCUCCAAGGCCAGGAUUUGGGAAAGUGGUCCAGCCUGUUAAAGAGAACGAGCUAGCCCAAAAAAUAGCCUUGGGAAUUCCUCCUCGGCCUUAUCAAGGUCUCUCAAAGUAUCCAAAGGAGGAUCCAGUGACACCCUCUGUAUUUAAUUCUUCUUCUCGACCUCCUCCUGUCUCUGUGGUAAGAGCAUCCAAUCAGCCUGGAGACACCAACAAGGUCAAACAGACGGGAGAGAUGCUGCAGAACAUGAUGCUGAAGCACCAAAGACCUCCUGGCUCUGCACUGUCCCCAGCGAGAUCUCCGGUGCUCGGUCCAUCUCCCACCACCACACCUCUUCUUCUACGACAUCAGCCUCGCCAAAAGAGCUCAGGAGAAGUGACCCCUCUCAGGAGGCCUUUGCCCCCUGAGGGGCCUUUGCCUUUAAAACCAAAACGACCCCCAAAUGUCAAUUUGGAGCCUUUUAAGAGGUUUAGGCGUGGAGCUACCCCGUCUGACCAGAGGAGAUGCUCAGUGGAUAUAAGAAUGCCUGUACCAGCAGUAAUGAGUCCCCCAAAACCUCCACAACGAUCCAGCAAACCGGGCAGGCUCCUGCGACAGGUCGCCUCAGAAGACUUUGAAGAUGAACAAGAGACGUAUGAUGACAUUGGAAGCUUUGAUAACAACGAGUCCUGCAGUGACAAUAAUUCCCAGUGUAAGGAUGCGGAUGAUGAGGAUGAGGAUGAUGUUUACGAGUUUAUAGAUGAUGACCAGGUGGGGGCAAGCCCCUUGCCUCCUGAGAGAACUAACAAGAAGGACCUAAAGAAACAGCAGGAACAAGAAAAGAAAGAGCUGUUGGAACGUCAGAAGAAACAGGCUGAGCUGAAGAAGAACUUUCAGAUACAAGGUGAGGUGAACGUUCUUCAUACGGCUAAGGUUCGGGUGGACUGGGCCGCUGAAGGAAAACUUGACCUCAGUGUUCGACAAGGAGAAAGCGUGGAGAUUCUUCGUGUGGAGAACAACCCCAGGGGCAAGUGGUUGGCCCGUUCAAUGACCGGACAAUAUGGAUAUAUAAGCAACUCAUGUGUGGAUAUCGACUAUGAGGCAGUUAAAAAAUAUAAAACGUCACCAUUACGAAAAAUGGAGACAUUCGAUUUACCUCCGCCCCCCCCGGAUCCUCCCAUGAUGUCAAUUAUGGAGUCCAACAACAGGGACAGCUUUCUUCAAGAUGAUGAGGAUUAUGAUGAUGUUCAACCAUUGCCCGCUGAAGAUUUCCCUCCACCUCCACCAGAAAUUAGCAUAAACCCCAAAUUGGAAAAAGAGCUAAGAAAGAAAUUUAAGUAUGAUGGACCUCUCAGGGUUCUCCACAGCAUGAUGGUGGAUCCUAACUGCGUCAUAAAGAAGCUGGGAGGAAAAGAUCUCCAAGUGACUCAGGGAGAAAUUGUGGAUGUCAUUGAAGAAACAAACAGCAAGAAGUUUCUGUGUCGAAACAGCUUUGGAAAAUAUGGAUAUAUCUCAAAAUCUCUUCUUCUCCCGAUGGAAGGAGACAUUUAUGAUGAUGUGGACUACAAUGAUGAUGUUUAUGACAACGACACAAACUAAUUGUGCACCUGAACAUGUGGGGGUAAACUAUCCAGGAAACAAACUAAAGCCUAAAGUUUUUCAAACUAGAAUACAAUCAACAAUAGCAGAGAUCCAUCUAAGUACAAAUAGUCUGUUUGGAAAAUUGUCGUGUUUUGUAAAUUUUUUUUUUUACUUUGCUGAACAGAAAAGGACAGAUUUUCUUUUCAUCUCACAUAUAAAAAGCUGUGUUGUAAAGUCAAACUAGUUAAAGUGAUGUCUGUCAAACUAAUUAAAAUUCACAAUAAAAACAACUCAACUACAGUUACACGACUAAACCAUCUUGAAUUAAUAAACUAUAACCAACAUCUGUUGAUGGUUUCGUCUUCUUCCAUUCACAGGACAUCAGGUAUAUUUUCUCAUACUUGCAACACCAACACACACAUACAGUCUCACACACACUGAGAAUUAUGAAUUGUUUAUUGCACUGUUUGUGAAAAUGCUUGUAUACAAAUUGAAUACACUAUUUCUGUUGCUUUUUUUUUGGCAUUGAAGAUAAUUUAAAAUAAAAGUAAUACUGU